AUGAUGCCAUGUGGUGUUUGCAUUGAUGAAAUCUUAAGCUGUAGUAGAGACUUUGAGCUCUGGGAAGAGCUAAAAACGCGGACAGCUGUCCUAUCAAACGCGACGAUGAUGGGCAGUUUGGUUGAGAUUUGCCACCUGGGAAACCAAAUGGAGACACGCAUAUGCUUGGAGCUUAACUGGAGUGCCCUUUUUGAUCUCUCAAUAAACGGUAGUGAUCAUCAGUACUUGUCAGUUGGCAAAUUGAUGGCUUCGGAUGAGAGCAUGACCGUGCUUUCUUCUUCAGUUCAAGAAGAUGAUCAAUAUGAUCAUGAUCAUGACACGGAUGAUGGUUAUCAGCCUCCUAGUCUUCAUAACUUAUCUAGGCUGUCCAUGUGUACAAGUUCCAUGUACACGAAUGAAGAUGAUGAUUAUCAAGAUUGUGAUGGGAUGAGGAUGUUUUUGUCAAGAUUGUCUAUAGAAAGUUUUGAUGCUGAUGAGGAACUCUCUGACGAUCAUCAAGAAGGUAAUAGCAAAAACCUACUUGACCUCUCUUCAGAUUCUGACGAAGACCCAGGUUGCUACUCACUUCCAGCAACACCACCUCGGAGGAGAAAUCAUGGUGGCUUAAUAAAUCAAGUACAGUUAAUUGGAGUGAAAGAUUAUGCCAGUGACAACGAAGCUCAAAAGGGUAUUAUGAGGCAAAAGAUGAGAAAGAAUUUGAGGAAAAGGAGGGUCAUAAGAGAAAGGUGGAUGGACAAUAACACUAUGAGUUUUCAAAAGAAAGAAGAGGAGAUGAGCAAUUGUGGGCAUUGUAAUAGUUUUAGUGGUGAGAGUGAGGGUGGUGGGUUGGUAGUGAUAACAAGGCCAAAGGGAGGCAGGAGGUCUCUGUGUAUGGACUUGGAGGAAGUGAAGGCUUGUAGGGAUCUUGGAUUUGAAUUGGAACAUGAGAGAAUGCUGGAGAUGCCUAGUCGUGUCUCUCUUUCAGGAUCUACUCUUGAUACCAGUAGUGGUGGCAAUUCUCCUAUUGCCAACUGGCGCAUCUCUAGCCCUGGAGAUGAUCCACGAGAUGUUAAGGCAAGGCUCAAGGUAUGGGCACAGGCAGUGGCAAUUGCAUCUGCAUCUAGACAUGGUGGCACCUGA